AUGCGCAUCGACAAGGAGCACCCCAACGCGUGGCACACGUACCUCAAGGUGAUGGAGAGCAUUCGAGACAACAUCACGGAGGAGGUGCUGCUGAAGGAGGUGCAGCACAUUCGCAGCCUGCCCGUCAGUCGUUUCGCAAUGGCUUCUCGCCUCCAGUCCGUCGCCGCCCACGGCGUCGCCACCACAUCGUGCAGCGCGGUUACCACUUCGCCUGUCACGUCGACUGCGACGGGAACCGGCAGGUGCAAUGCGGUCCACUCGUGUCGCCUCACCGCCAAUCCCGCCGCAAAUCUCGCCGGGUCUGCCGCAGGAUGCUCUCGUCAGCAGCAAUCUCAUUCACUCGCCAGCUGUUCCGCGUUAAGCGGAGCCUCCGCGUGGCGGCAGCUCUCAGCCGCGCAGAUUGCGGGGAAUGCAGGAGGUUCGGGGCGCGAGGUUCGGUCAGGGAUGGCAUUCGUUGUCCGUAGUGCUCUGGAGGCUUACGUCAUCACAAAGCUAGACUCUGCAGAGCGAACCUUCAAAGAACUUUCUAUUCGACUGGCAGAUCCCGAGGUGGCGUCCAACGCGACAGAGUACAUGCGCAUUGCCAAGUCAGCGGGGGAGAUCGAGGAGGUGGCGAGUGCCUAUGCGGAGUGGAAGGACAAGCAGCAGCAACUGGCUGACGCAAAAGCUCUUAUGAAGGACAGUGCAUCGGACCCGGAGAUGGCGGAGAUGGCUGGGGAGGAGGUGGGGGAGUUGGAGGCGCAGCUGGAGGAGCUGGAGGGGCGCCUCAAGGUGCUGCUGCUGCCCACCGACCCGCUUGACGCCAGAAACAUCAUGCUGGAAGUGCGGGCGGGCACAGGAGGGGAUGAGGCGGGCAUCUGGGCAGGCGACCUGGUGAAGAUGUAUGGUCGCUACGCAGACAAGAACGGGUGGCGGGUGUCUCCUGUUUCCUGCACUGAGGCGGAGAUGGGCGGGUUCAAGGAGUACGUGAUGGAGAUAGCGGGCGAGCGCGUGUACAGCAAGCUCAAGUACGAGAGCGGGGUGCACCGCGUGCAGCGCGUGCCGGCUACUGAGUCGGCAGGCAGGGUGCACACCUCCACUGCCACUGUGGCCAUCAUGCCCGAGAUAGACGAGGUGGAAGUGGUGAUCGAUCCCAAGGACAUUGAACUCACAACCGCGCGGUCAGGCGGGGCGGGCGGGCAGAACGUGAACAAGGUGGAGACGGCGGCGGAUCUGUUCCACAAGCCCACGGGCAUCCGCAUCUUCUGCACGGAGGAGCGCUCGCAGCUGAAGAACAAGAUCCGCGCCAUGCAGCUGCUGCGCGCCAAGCUCUAUGAGCGCAUGCUGCAGGAGCAACAGGACGAAGUCAGCUCUCGCAGACGAUCGCAGGUCGGCACGGGCUCACGUUCUGAGAAGAUCCGAACGUACAACUACAAGGACAACCGGGUGUCGGACCAUCGCACCAAGAUCAACUAUGACCUCGGCUCGUUCCUCAAUGGCGAUAUCGACAACGCCAUCCAGUCCAUGGUGGCCAUGGAGCAGAAGGAGAUGCUGGAGGAGCUGGCAGCGUCCGUGCAGACCACAGUUUGA